AGUAAAUUGAAGUCAAUCCGAAAAAAACUUUCAACUACAUCACACGGCAAGACGUGAGGGAAAUGUUAAAGAAAUAUGCGGCCAGAUUGGAGGACCCAAAUCAUCCGUUGCUCGGGCCAACGCUCUGGGGUCUCCAGAGCUGGGGGAUGUAUCAACCGAAUAUUGGGCUCAGUCGUAUCAUUUACAAUUUGAUUCAUCUUGCCGCUAUACUAUUUGUAGUGAGCCAAUACGUAGAACUUUGGUUUGUAAGGGCAGACUUGGAGUUAGUCUUAAGGAAUCUCUCUGUCACGAUGCUCAGCUCGGUUUGCGUCGUGAAAGCGGGCACAUUCGUCGUUUGGCAGCCAUAUUGGCAAGAUGUAAUUCAGUUUGUGUCAACAUUGGAAAGAGGCCAACUGGAGAAAAAAGACAAGACGACUUGCGCAAUUAUUGAAGGUUACACGAAGUACUCCAGGAAUGUAACUUAUUUUUAUUGGUGUCUUGUUACAGCCACGGUAUUUAUAGUGAUACUGGCGCCUUUAGGAGUUUUUCUGUCAUCUUCGGAGCAACGUGAACUAAUGUUGAAUGGAACUAUUCCUUUCCCGGAAAUAAUGAGCUCUUGGGUACCUUUCGACAAAACACAGGGUUUUGGUUACUGGUUUCAGAUAGUGGAGCAUUCUGUCAUUUGUUUUUACGGAGGUGGGAUCGUUGCAAAUUACGACGCGAACACGGUGGCUCUAAUGUCAUUUUUUUGUGGACAACUCGAGCUUUUGGUAGCAAAUACUAAAAGACUGUUUAGCGAAGAUAAUAAUCUCGUUGGUUACUCAGAAGCAAUGGAGAGAAUAAAACAAUGUCACAUGCAUCACCUGUCAUUGAUUAAGUACUCAAAAAUAUUAAACUCUCUGCUGUCUCCUGUGAUGUUUUUAUACGUAGUAAUUUGUUCACUUAUGAUAUGCGCCAGUGCGAUUCUCUUGACUAAAGAAGGGACGACAACUAUGCAGCGGAUGUGGGUAGCAGAAUACCUGGUAUCACUCAUUGCGCAACUAUUUUUAUAUUGCUGGCAUAGCAACGAAGUGUAUUUUAUGAGCGAGAGAGUAGAUAGAGGUAUAUAUGAGAGUGAGUGGUGGCGCUGCGGGGUUGACUUGCGACGCUGCGUUCUUCUGCUGGGCGGACAGCUGCGGAAGACCAUCAUAUUUGAAGCUGGGCCUUUCACCAAGCUUACUAUUGCUACUUUCGUCGCGAUUCUCAAGGGAUCAUACAGCUACUACACAUUGUUAAGCAACAAUGAAGGUUAA